GGACACCUGUGCAAGACUGGAGGGGAGGAGCCUGUACACCUGUGCAAGACUGGAGGGGAGGAGCCUGUACACCUGUGCAAGACUGGAGGGGAGGAGCCUGUACACCUGUGCAAGACUAACGGGAAGGAGCCUGUACACCUGUGCAAGACUAACGGGAAGGAGCCGGUACACCUGUGCAAGACAGAAGGGGAGAAGCCGGUACACCUGUGCAAGACAGAAGGGGAGGAGCCUGUGCACCUGUGCAAGACAGAAGGGGAGGAGCCCCCUCAUCGAUAUGAUCAUGACAUUUUUUUAAUAUACCUUAUU